GCCUGGUGAGUUCACGCCAAACAUCAACAACAGCCUAAUCAACUCGUCACAUCUCUACUUCACUGACUAAAUUUGGUAAGUAUAUGAUUAAUCUUGUUAUUUAUAUAUCAUCACAUGAAUUUUUAUAUUCUGCUUCUACUAUUAAGAAAGGUAAGUGGACGAAUUAAAGGGCAAAAACUAUAAUAUGGAAGGAGUGGAGUAGACUGAAGCCGAGAUAUCAUGUAUAUAGCUCAUACCCAGGAAGAAAAAAAAAAAAAUGGAUAAAUAAAUGAAAAUGAACAUGAGGCUGUAUAUUUUGAGUAUAUUUGUAGUUUUAAAUUCAAGGCUAUUAAGAGGUGACAGAUGAAACAAUGGAGGAAAGGUAUAAAUGGUACUUUGAUGAGCUUGCAGGUAACACUCGAUUCUGUGGUGGUCUACACAUCAGAAGACAUUAUUGAUGGAUUUAUUACACAUUAGUGAAUGGAUCCUAUUAACGAACCUAAUGUAACCUAACCAAGUAAACAAUAACCCAGCCAACUUAACCCACCCAACCUAACCAAUGUAACUUAACCAAACUAUUUAUUGUCAUAACUUCUGAAGCAUCAAUUUGCGAUGGAAAAUGUCAAUAUGAAAAAUCGGAAAUGUAAGAUUGGCAGAAAUGAAAACAAACCAAACAUAUUUUAAGCUAACCUCAUCUAUCCCCGACCCAAAUCUAACAUACCUAUGCCCUACAACCAUUCAAAAUGCAGGAAAGGAAAUCGGUAAAAUCGAACCACUCGUCCACUCCUCAAUCUUGCCCUAGUGGGCAGAAGUAUAGGAUGAGGAGUAUAUACCGCCAGUGAGUCUGUCACCACCCACAUAUCCAUUAAUUAUUUAAAAAAUCUGUGGUGUCAUUAAUAUAAAUUUGCGGUGGGUAUAAUAUGGGUUUUUCUUGUUCAAGUCAAUGAGAUCUUACUAUUGAGACCAGUUAAAGUGACCGCUGUGAAUGGAGCUUACUUAUAAAAUGAUACCAGGAAAUCAAACCAAACUUAUCCUAACCAAACCGAAGCUAACUUAAACUAACCUAACAUCUUAUCCUUAAUUCACCUAACCAAACCUAACCUAAUUUAAUAGAUUCAUUUUUGACUGUCUGUGCAUAUCAUAUCAGCCUAGCAAGCUCAUAUCUGCCUUAUUAAGAAUAAUUUUGAUAACUUUUAAAUAAAUAGUUUUUAUUGUAUGACCCCGACGUAUCUUUACUUAACCUUGUCAUAUGUACUGUACCUAAUGGCUAAGUUCGGGCCCAGGUCUUUGUAGAACUAGCUUAUAUUUAUGAAUUCUUUAAUUCCUAUUUUGUGGUAUGUCUAGGCCACUCCCCUUUUGGUGAUAAACAGCUUCAGUAUGUACCUAUAUGUAUGAUAGUAUCAUGUGAACAACAGAAGAAAAAGAUAAAAAUGACUUAAGUAAUAUAUGCUGUUAAUAGCUAGGUAUUCUUCAGACCAUUAAAAACUACACUUUUCAGGUACCAUGGCUGCAUUAGAAGAAAUCAUAGACGAAGAAAUGUAUGAAAUGGAAGAAUUGCGACGAGUGAGGAUUCCACGCAUUGUACCUAAAGAUUGCAGUGACCCAUUUCAUUAUCUUUCUGGUGAAGAAUUCCUUGAGCGUUUUCGUCUGCCAAAGGAUGCUGUACGAGACCUCAUUGAAGAAGUUAGGCCAUGUACACAUAUGGACAGGCUUGGCACAGGAUGUGGCAUUCCUCUGCAUUUGGAGAUGCUAGUUACCUUGUGGUAUCUAGCCACGGGAAGUUUUCUUCUUACGGUAGCUGACAUAAUGGAUAUUGCAAAAUCAUCAGCAUGCAGGGCUGUUGGAGAGGUUGUUCAACUUAUUGCUUUCCUGGCACCAGACUACAUCAAAUUCCCACAACCAGAAGAAGCACAUCAGAUGGCCUCAAAGUUCUAUGAUAUUGCUGGGUUUACCACACUCCUGGUCAUACAACAGAUCAUGCUGUACUGGAGUUGGUUGAAGAAAAUGCAGUAUUCAGUGGGGAUUGUGUGCUUGGGGAAGGCACAACAGUAUUCGAAGAUCUACACUCCUACAUGA